AGAUAUUCAACCUGUCCACCACAACCUGUGUGUGUGUCCUCCUCCCCCAAACCUUGGGAUCGAACGUUUUCGAGCCUCCCGUCCCACGAUCAUCGUUCUCUGCCCCCCUGUCAGAAAAGUUGGCCUGAAUACCUGGCAAAUAUACGAGCAAGUAGCAUCCAGUCAAUCAGUUAGUCAGUCAGUCAGUCAGUCAGUCAGCCUCUCCGCGAGUCAGUCAGCCUCGUUCCCGAUGGCAACCGGCACAUCGGUCGUCGUUACCCGUCCGGGGAGGUGGUAAGAGCCAAAAGUGGGGAGCAGAACACCUGGACGACUUCCUGCCAGGGAGUAAGCACCUCAGUCUUCAGGAAAGAUCGUUUCACGUCGGUCGUUUUCGAGCUCCACUUUUCUUCACUCUCUCUCUCUCUCUCUCUCUCUUUCUCUUUUUUCUCUCUCCCUGUCUCUCCUCCUCCUCCUUCCCCCUCCCCCAGUCUUACGUACGCACGGUUCAGGCAUGAGACAGGGAUAGAAUUCGGGGGAGAAAGGAAAGAGAGUAAGAAGAGGAAUUGGAGGAUUAAGGGAGGAGAUUUUUCUUCGUGUCCUUCGUGUCCUAACCUUGGAAAAAUUGCGAAGAAAUGACGUUAUAGAUAUACGAUUUCGGUGACGAAACGCGAGAGUGAACCUCUUUUUUUUUUUUUUUAUACUGGAUUUUAACGAGGAGAUCGACGAUAGUCGGUGGUGACUAUAAGAAGUUCGUCGUUGGUACGCCUGAUUUAAAGGGGAAUUUUGCAUCUCGGUGAAGAGAUGGAGGAGAGGAGAGCCGUGUCGAUCCUGCUCGUCGUCGUCGCUUUGGCUGCACGAGGUUGCAACAGUGCCGGAUGCGGCUAUCCUGGGGCCCCAGCGCAUAGUAGCGUCCGGUUCACGGGUGCAAGUGCCGAGGACGUUAUAGACGAGGAGGAUGCCCUUCUAAAGGACACGGUGCUGCUCGAGGGCACGGUGGCUACGUAUUCCUGCGAACGAGGCUUCGAACUCCUCGGCCCUGCGCGAAGACAGUGCCAAGUUGAUGGCUCUUGGACACCGGAAGGAGUGCCAUUUUGCGUUUUAAAUGUUGCCGGAGGCAAAGCUCCUAUGCAAUCGAGCACCUCGGAGGGUGGAAUUCCACAGCGUGCGGUGGAUGGCAGCAGUGGACAGAUUUACACCCCUCAAACUUGCACCCUUACGAGACCAGAGCACAGACCCUGGUGGUACGUGAACCUGCUCGAACCCUAUAUGGUACAAUUGGUACGACUUGACUUUGGUAAACCGUGUUGCGGCGACGAUAUACCAGGAACAAUCGUGGUUCGUGUCGGAAACAAUCGGCCAGACUUGGGAACGAAUCCAAUUUGCAAUCGUUUCACCGGCCCUCUCGAAGAAGGCCAACCUCUUUUCCUACCCUGCAAUCCUCCUAUGCCAGGAGCUUUCGUUUCCGUGCAUCUGGAGGCGAACACACCGACAUCAAUCCCAGUCCAGCUCUCUUUGUGCGAGGCUUUCGUGUAUACCGAUCAGGCACUUCCUAUUGAGAGAUGUCCACAAUUCAGAGAUCAGCCACCAGGUUCAACAGCAACUUAUAAUGGAAAGUGUUAUAUAUUCUAUAAUCGGCAACCAAUGAUAUUCAGGGAGGCGUUAUCGUUCUGUCGUGCACGAGGUGGAACUUUAGUGGAUGAAAGCAAUCCUGCAUUGCAAGGAUUUAUUUCAUGGGAAUUGUGGAGGAGGCAUAGGAGCGACACUUCCAGUCAAUACUGGAUGGGUGCAGUGAGAGAUCAGAAGGAUCGCACGGUUUGGAGAUGGACAGGAAGCGGCGAGGAGGUAUCCGUUUCUUUCUGGAGCUUGCCUCAAGGAACCGAAGAGGAUUGUGCUCGAUACGAUGGUAGCAGAGGCUGGCUUUGGUCUGAUACUCCUUGCACGGCUCGAUUAAAUUUCAUCUGUCAACACCAACCACGAGCAUGUGGUCGACCAGAACAGCCGCCGAAUUCCACGAUGACGGUGACCACAACCGCAGAUCGGAAUUCCGGAAGUGCAUACGAAGUUGGCGCGACCGUGGAAUAUACUUGUAACGCUGGUAGCCUUCUUAUAGGACCGUCCACUCGCACUUGUCUGGACACUGGCUUCUAUAACGAGUUUCCACCUGUGUGCAAAAGCAUCGAGUGCGGUUAUCCAGCAAACAUAAAACACGGAGGCUACACACUUAUCAACAAUACCGUUAGUUAUCUCAGUCAGGUGCUUUACUCCUGCGAUGAAGGAUUCGAGAUGACUGGUCGUGCAAGAUUAACUUGUGACAUCGAUGAGCGUUGGAAUGGACCACCGCCGCGUUGUGAACCAAUCCUGUGCGAUCCUCCAACACCUGUGCCGCACAGUUACAUUCAAAUCGAUGAAAUCGACGAAACCGAAACAAUGCCAUCGAAAUCGAGCUUCAAUCGAAGUCUUCUCGUAGGCAGCAUCGUCACUUAUACUUGUGAAAAGAAUUAUAGACUCACUGGGCACCGACAAAUAUUAUGUUUACCCACUGGAUUAUACGAUCACAUCGCACCCACUUGCAUAGAGGAACCACGCACCACAGUGACCGCCCCACCUCGAAUAACUGUACGAACAACGACCGCCAGAACACGGCAACCAUUCUUACCGCCACGAGUCCGACCCACGACAAUCUCGACGACCACAACCACGAGCACCACCCCUGUACCGCCUCGAAGAGUGGCCAGCACCGCUGAAUUACCCGCGACGGUUCGCGAAACCAUCGCGAGGAAACCGAAUGUCGGUCUUCAGAGGCCAGCACCUCCUCCUUCGCCACCUUUGAACGACGACAGCAGUGAUCAUCCUCAGGACAAUGAGAUUUCGGGCAGUGGGGUGGAUAACGCACAGGUUGGGAUUGGAACCGGUGUUCCAGAACCUUCUGGACCCUACAGGGUGGACAAUGCCGACCACACGAGUAACACUCAUCAAGCGAAAUUAAAUCUAGGCGCUGUGAUCGCCUUGGGUGUCUUCGGCGGUUUCGUAUUCCUAGCCGCUGUAAUCACCACCGUUGUAAUACUUAUACGCAGAAAUCGUGGUAGAAGCAGCAAGCAUUAUCGGCACCGUGCAUCUCCUGAUUGCAACACCGUGGCCAGCUUUGGAAGCAGUUCGUCCGAAAGUCGAGGAGGUUUGAACCGAUACUACCGUCAAGCUUGGGAGAAUCUGCAUGAGACGGCUGGUCAUAAGACCAAUCAUCCUCCUCUUCGUCGUAAGGAGACCCUGGAUGAACCAGGAUAUCGAGAAAAUUACCGUGGUAACAACACCGAGAGAGAUGGUUCGGAAUUAGUUGUGAGCGAUGUAGCCACGUAUCCCACCAGCAAGCACGCCAGCAUCUCCGACAAGAAACGCCAUCAUCAUCAUCAUCAUCAUCACCACGGUAACUCUACGCCUGAGUGGAGGCAGUCCCAGUCCCAUCAUAGAUAUUGAGUACCGGAUCUGUUAUUUAAGAUCCUAUAUUUUUUUCUUGAGAUUUUCAGUGAAUCGAUAACUGUGACGAGUUGCUGCGAUUAGAUCAUGAGUAAGCGAUUUUUUAAUGUUUUACAAAUGGUAAUACAAUGAGGAAUAAUGAUGGUUUAUAUUGAGAAAUAAAUGGAGUAUGCAAUGCUGUAAUAUUUUUAUCAAUGUGAUUUUUAAAUUUAAAUAAGUGUAAUACUUUUGUUUGAAUUUUAAUUUUUAUUUUAAUUUUAUUUUCUGGAUAGUUACAUGUGAUAAUAUUUGUAUGUACAAAUUAAAAAUUGAUAGAUUAUUUUGAGAUAGAUAAUUGAAAUUCAAAGUUUGUAACUAAAAAAACUUUUUUUUUUUUAUAUAUAAAAUUAGCAUUUACAUAAUAGCAUAAAGCACUCAUAAUGCCAUCAUUUAUGAAAUUGUAAUUCCAAUUUGUAACUCCAAGUAGAAUUUAAAGGAACGUGGUGAAUCAGACGUUGUGUAGGAGAAUUUUAAAACGUGAUUGAUAGAUAAAAAUGUUUAUCGUUUUAUUAUACAGUAAAUCAUUUACAAAUAUCUUGUUAAUGUAAAUAUCGUAUACUACAGUAGCGUAAGUUAAUGAUGCAAGUUGUGAAUAAGAAGGAUCAUAAGUUGAUCAAAGGAUAUGCCAAAAAAAUGAGAAUAAUAUAUAUAUAUAUUUAUAUAUAUAUAUAUAAUUACCGAUUAAACAAAUUCUAAUAUAAAUUAUUGUAUGAAUGUUUAAUUACAAUAUUAAGAAUGGUAUUAAUUUACAAAAAUCAUACUCGAUAAGAUUAAUAUCUGUUAUGGGUAUUUUGGCCUCGUCUUAAAAAGAUUAAAUAAAUUUCUCAUAAUAAACCGACAUUUAAAGAUGAUAUCGUUAAGGAAAGGCCGACGUUAUCCAUUUCAGAAACAAAAUUUAUUUAGAUACGGUGCUCGUUCUAGAACAAGCUACGUGUAAAACGUUAUGUAAAAUUUGUUCUAUAUAUAUUUUAAUUAAUUAUUUAUAUUUAGUAUUAUUUUAACAAGUUAAACAUUUUUUCCCAUAUUCGUCUGGAAUAAAACAUACAUAAUUAAUAAAUAGUAUGUAUUUAUUUGUUGACUGAUAUAAGAUAUAUUCAUAAUAAGUUGUACAUGUAUUUAUUUAAUAUAUCAAUAAUCACAAGAAAUUGUAAUAGUGCCAUUAUGGGCAAAUUUGUUUAAUUGUAACUAUACAUAUAUUCUUGUGGUUUAAUAUAAAGAUAAUACAUACAAAAUAGUAAACAUUAUAUCACAAAUAACUUGUUAUAUACGUAAAUAAUUACUUUUAGUUUUAAUAAAUGCACCAUUUAUUUGAAUUAAAAAUAUUUAUAUAGCAUGAUUGCUUUACAGAAGUUUAUAAAGAACGAAUUCAAAUUGUUUAAAAACUUACUUAAAUAAACUUAAUUCUUGUAAUCAUUAUUGUUUCAUUAAA